UUUUUCUACGCAUUUCUUACCAAAUGAAAAGUGUGAAUUUGACUGACGAAAAUUAAUGUUUCAUUUGGAGUAGAAGUUUGGCUUUGGUAUAUACGACGCCUUCAUACAGUGCACGUCCGAUGUAGAUUACUAGAGGCAAGCACAAUUCCCUGCAAAUCAAAGCUUGUUAUCCUGAAAGUGUCGCCUGAUUCCGUCAACAUGCCCGUGGCUUUAAGUGAGUGGAGAGUCCGAAUCGGAACUUUUAUCCAUAGGAUAAAAGAAUGGGUGGUCAGAGAGAUGAGAGAAGAAUUGCUUAAAGAGCGUAUUCAGAGGUUAAGGGUUCUUUGGAAACGACUGAAAGCGAAGAAGGAUGAUUCUGAAGGAGGGUCGCAAGAUCACAAGCCCAGACAAGAUGAAGUGGAUUCAUGUGAUUCUUCGUUGGUAAAUCAACAAGGCGAUGCCGAACCAAGCACUAAAGCGGGUCAAGAUUCACCACAGCCGUGUUGUGUAGGGAGUGAUACGUUACAUCAUGAACCAUCUGGUCAAACGGUUACAUCUCAGACAGACUCCACUUCAUUAAGUACACCGACACAUCCAACCUCGGGAGUUUGCCUAUCCCGCCCCUUUCUGUCUUCCUUUCUGUCUCCUUCCUUUUAUUUUUGCUUUCCUGUUAUUUUCCUAUUGUUUUCUUCGUUAUUGUUGUCCCUUUCUCCCGGAUUUGGUAUUCCCGUUUCUGUUUCUCUUCCCUUCCUUGUCGUCUUUCUCUUUUUACUUUCACUUUUUCUUUCCACUUUCCUUCCCUUUUCCCGACGGGAGCGAAGUUUUAGAGAGUGUCACAACUCCACAGCCUCUGCCUCAAACAACGGCUCUGGCACGAACGAAGCGGUUAAUGAACAGUUACCUCAGCAGCCUAAUCUACAAGAGUUAAUGCUUGUUACUGCUGGGGAUGUGGAGCUCAACCCAGGCCCUCGUGAAUGUACUCUUCAAGAAAAGGAACUUGUAUUACUUGCGAAAGAGGUUCCUGGUAACGUCUACGACGAGUUGUGCAUCGGUCUUGGCUUCAGCUACACAGAGGGCCAGAAUGUUCUGACAAAACGUCUCCUAGACAUCCCAGGAGCUUUGAUCGAACUGUUCUGUAGAUGGAAAAUCAGGCAGAGAGAUGGCACAGACUGCAGGGCAGUACUUGGAGGAAUUUUGAAAGAUACCAACAUGGGUUCGCUUCAGAAAAGGCUACUGGAAGGAGAAUAUCUUAAAUCUGAAACUGAAGAGAAUGUGCCGAACAAGGGGACCACCGAACAGGCCAUGACCGAGGAGCAGGUUUCUCGGUGCGCUGAAGAACUCAAGUUAUUCUAUAGAGAACGAAUGUGUAAAAUAAAGCCUGAUCCGCUUGCUUUCGAUCUAAUCUAUGAAUUCGAAGAAAUUUACACUAACUUAACUCUUCUGAGAAAUGAAAUGGGGAUAACGAAGAAGAAAGGAUCACUUGAAUACAAGGAUCUUCUAACUACAAAGAUUAAUGGAGUACCUCCUAAACGUCUCCUAGUUGAAGGUGAAGGUGGGGUUGGUAAAACAACGCUAUGUUCAAAGAUUGCUUGGGACUGGACCAAUGGAUCGGAAGCGUAUAAUCACUUCAGUUGGGUACUUGUUGUACCACUGCGCAACGUUAUCAAGGGUGAAUCAAUUGGUGAUAUCAUGAAAAAUUAUCUUCACAACAAUAAUAACGUAAGCCCCGAACAGAUCGCGAAUUACAUGAAUUCUCAUCCUUCGGAGAUUCUGAUUAUACUUGAUGGAUUUGAUGAGUAUAAUGGGGACCUCUCGACCGAUGACACUUCAGGUAUUUCUCAGAUUCUACGCUUGAAAAUGCUUGAGCAGUGCACAGUCCUGGUAACAACGAGGCCAUGGAGGGCAGAUCAGAUCAAAUGCAACCAGGAGCUGAGUCGUUGUUAUUGCUUUAUUGCUGUAGAGGGAUUUAGUACUAAAAAUGUAUCGAAAUACAUCGGAAAAUUCUUUGCAAAGGAUAGACAGUCUGGAUUAGAUCUACAGCAGUUCAUACAAGGAAAUGACGUCAUCAAGGAGAACAUGGCCCCGUUCCCAAUCUAUGUAGCUAUGCUUUGCGUCUUGUGGAAAGACAUCGGCGUUGAGAAACGAGAAAUAAUACGCAAACUGAAGACAUUCUCACAAUUAUUUGAACAAAUGAUAAUUUUCUUACGAGACCAUUAUCUAUCAAAAUUGAAGCCUAGCAACACUCUGAAUGAAGAACAAUCGAAAAAUGAAUUGAAAGCUGCUGAAAAAUGCCUCAAGCAGAUCGGUUCUGUCGCAUUUCAGGGGCUCCUAGAAAAGAAGUUGGUUUUCAAAGUUGAUGACUUCAGCUCUUGUAAGGACGCCAUGACAACAAGUUGCAGAAUAGGGAUACUUAGCAAAGAGCAAGAACAUGUACCUAGACAUAAAAGAUCCAUUCGUGAUUCCCAGGCCGUAACAGCAAGCGUUUUCUUUCCUCAUAAACUGUUCCAGGAAUACGUGGCAGCUCUCUAUCUUGCUUCUGUUUACGAAUCUGAUCUCCAAAAAUACAACGGGUUGACGGAAAGAUUGCUGGAAGAAAAUCCCCAGGAGUUCCGUUUUCUCCUUUAUUUCACUGCUGCUCAGCUAAAGGAAGCAGGAUUAGACAUUGUAGAUAGAUUGCAUCAUUUGUAUUCUGGAAAUAAAAAAUCGAAGAGGAAGAAAACAGAUAUUGCUUUCCUUGUUGACGUCACUUUCGAAGCAUAUCACGAAGAUGCUGCAAAGAGGGUAGGACAAUGGCUAGAUGCAGAAGACAGAGCUUUGACGAUCAACAAGGCGCUGUCUGCGCAUACGGUGUCUGGAUACCUGUUCAUCAACGAACAUCAUGGAGUGAAAACACUGGACGUAAGAAAAACAAAGCUUGGCUCGUCGACAUCUCUUGUUAUAGCCAACGCAGUUUUAUCGUCCAGCUCAUUGACAACAGUGAAACUUCUGGAAACAAAUCUCCACGAUAAUUUCUAUAAAUUCAUCUUAGACCAUAUUUCAAAGGACGGGACAACGACCAGCAAUGUUCAACUGCUAUGUACAGAUCAUAGGCUGAUUGGAAAAUUACACAACUUUGGCAUAAGAAUUGAAUUGGCAUUCCCUAUGCUGAAAAAAAUGAGUGUAUCAACUCUUCAAACUACCUCACCGGUGAUAGUUCAAACGUUGGCACAUGCCAACCUGAAAGAGUUAUCAAUUGAGCGUGGAGAGGAAGACACAAGAGGUAUACGGUCCUUAAAUAGCAAUCUGAUUGCACUGAUUGGAGAACCUGAUUUACUUGGGAGACUUUUUUCAGAUGCUUUCCCUGAACUCACCUCUCUAGUCUUCAUAAAGCUGAUGAUGGGCAACAAACGCACUGAAUCUAUUCUUCGAAAUCUAAGAAAACACCAGCAUUUGAAAACAGUAAGUAUCAUCGAUUGUUUUACCGAUGACGAACUGGAUCCUCUGGCAGAAGAAAUAAAUUCUGAGAACAGGAUGAAAAUAACGCUUCAACAUAACGAGGGACAAAGGAGAUUGCACGUCAAACGGUUAUCAACAGACUUGUUAGAUGCACUUUGCAAUCGAACGAGUGUUUGUGAGUUGACUCUAACCGGACUAGGGGAGGAUGACUUUUGCUUUCCAGACCUUCAUGACAAAGAGGUUGAUUCAAAAAUCCACACAGUAGAGGUCUACAAUUUGGAUCUUGCGAAUCGGCAAUCAGAAUCAUGUUGUCUUGGAAGAGUUCUAUCUCUCCUCCCUCGCCUUACAGACCUGACGAUCAACUACUGUAACUUCCAUGAUGAUUUCUACAGAGAGAUCGCUGCUCGUGCUUGUUCAUCCCAGGACGGGACAACGACCAGCAAUGUUCAACUGCUAUGUACAGAUCAUAGGCUGAUUGGAAAAUUACACAACUUUGGCACAAGAAUUGAAUUAGUAUUCCCUAUGCUGAAAAAAAUGAGUGUAUCAACUCUUCAAACUACCUCACCGGUGAUAGUUCAAACAUUGGCACAUGCCAACCUGAAAGAGUUAUCAAUUGAGCGUGGAGAGGAAGACACAAGAGGUAUACGGUCCUUAAAUAGCAAUCUGAUUGCACUGAUUGGAGAACCUGAUUUACUUGGGAGACUUUUUUCAGAUGCUUUCCCUGAACUCACCUCUCUAGUCUUCAUAAAGCUGAUGAUGGGCAACAAACGCACUGAAUCUAUUCUUCGAAAUCUAAGAAAACACCAGCAUUUGAAAACAGUAGGUAUCAUCGAUUGUUUUACCGAUGACGAACUGGAUCCUCUGGCAGAAGAAAUAAAUGCUGAGAACAGGAUGAAAAUAACGCUUCAACAUAACAAGGGACAAAGGAGAUUGGUUGUCAAGUUGUCAAAAGACCUGUUAGAUGCAAUUUGCAAUCGAACGAGUGUUUGUGAGUUGACUCUAACCGGACUGGAGGAAGAUGACUUGUGCUUUCCAGACCUUCAUGGCAGAGAGGUAGAUUCAAAAAAAGUUAUAUUCAAGAUGCUUGAUGAUAUGACUGUUAAUGAGAUGUUCCGUUAUCUUGCAGGAUUGAAACGUCGGGGAAACCAUAUUAGUAUUGAAAUUACAACUAAUUGA